GCAGGUACUUCGUACUUUAACUUUGAUCGAAGCUUAACGAAUUGAAUUUUAGACACGUCGAUAUUCUGAUCUCUAUCAGAUUUUCAUUGAUUUUUCUCUACGGAAAUUCAAAUAUGAUUUUGAUUCAGUCAAUUAUCAUUUUCAUCGGUUUUUGCCAGUUCUCAUUUUCAAAUGCAGAUAAACUUCCUGAAGAUAAUGGACGAAUAGAGUUAGCACAAUGCUUAGGCAAUUUCCUUUCUUGGGAAACAAAUAAUUUUGAAGGAACAGAAGAGCAUUUAUUCGAGUUUUGCAACGGUACUGCUUUAAAGAAGAAGUAUAUUCAAAAGCAACUUGAAGGAAAAAAGCUGACUCCCGAAGGAGGAAUGAAGACGAUACGAAGCUGUCUGGGUGAUCGCGGUGAAGAAUUGAUUACUAGGUACAAAACUGCUUUUCUACAUAUAAUUGGUACGAAGGAAACGGAAGAAAUGUCAGAAUUAGCAGAAAAUCAAAAUUCUUCACCCAUUGACACGAUAGAACCGUUAGGAAUACAAAAAUUACCAGAAUAUACCAAUUCUUCACCCGUUGGUAAUACGAAAGAACCAGAAGAAGUGCCAAAAUUACCAGAAAAUGAGAAUCCGCCUUCACACAUUGUUCUAAAAAAACUGGAAGGAACCCCAAAAUUAUCAGAAAAUAAAAGUUCUUCACCUAUUAGUAAUACGAAAGAACCGGAAGGAACACAAAAAUUUCCAGAAAAUAAAAGUUCUUCACCCAUUCCUCCGAAAGAACCACAAGGUACACCAAAAUUACCAGAAAAUGAAAAUUCUUCACCCUUCGGCUCGGAAGAAUCGGAAGAAUCGGAAGAAACAUCAGAAUUACCAGAAUUCAACGAAAUGGUUUUAGGUUUAUGUCGAACUCCAGAAUUUGUAGAAUUUGAUAAACUAAGUGACGAAGAAAAACCAAAAUCAAUUGUAUGCUUACGAAAAUGUGCUGCGGGUCUAUUUGUAAAAUUUGUCGCUAUGUACAAAAUUUUCAAAGAUAACUACGAUGAAAUGCUAAAAAGUAAUAAAAUCAAACCACUGAUGCAAAUAGACAUACCCAAACAAACAGAUGCUGACACAGAUGCAAUUGACGAACCAAAAAAGCUAGAUCUAACCAAAAUUUCGCCCAGAAAAUUCGAGCUGAGAAAAACUGUCAUAGGAUACGUUAAUGAAUGCAAAAAUAAAAUCAAAAAGGAUAAAUCCCUUUUAAACAUCCUCGGAGCACAGUAUGCAAAAACGUUCAUUGUAGAUAUUGAUAAACUGUAUGAAGUCUGCCCAUAUAAAGAAGAGAAAGGGAAAUUAUUUCUGAGUAUUCAAUCGUAUUUCGCGUGUGUAAGAUGGACAUGCAGCAUGAAAAAAGAAAAAGAUAUUCCAUUCAGAAAUCUUUUAGAAAAAGUCAUCGGCCGUAUAAGUGAAGAUGACAACGAUCUUGUGAAGGACUUUUCAACUGAGUCGAUACAAGAGACCAAUGAACAGUAAUAAUUUUACCUAUCUUCAUACCUAUACAUCAUGGUUCACUUACCCAUUGGAAAAACAUUCAACGCAGCAUUUAUUUCAGCGCUUUUGUUUUCUUUUUUCAUUAAU